AAUCGGGAUCGAUGUACAAGUCUGAUCUGAUCAUUAGUCUGGGGCCGGUUUUACAAAACAACUUACGACAAAGUCGCAAGUCUUAAAUUGUAUUACACAGUUAUUACUUUGAAUGAAUGAAGUAAAACUUUUGUAAGGUUUAAUUUUCAAUAUUUUAGAAAAAAUAUUUUGCAUUUGCAGUGAAUGACCUUACAAUAAACUGGAAAAUUCCAGUCUGUAAAGUUUGUCGUAAAUCGUAAGUUCUUUUGUAAAACGCGCCCCUGGUCUCCGCCCCCGCCACUUAUUGAUUGUAAGUUAUAGGUGAUCAAUGAGUGGCGGGGACGGGGACCAGAAUAUCGGUGUACCGGAGUGUAGGUCACAUGACACAAAGAUGGCGAGUUCCAGUGGAAAAGUAUCUAGUGUUUUUAGGUCAGGAUUGUUUAAUGGGAAAGUGGCUAUUGUGACCGGUGGCAGCACUGGCAUUGGGAGAGCAAUUACCCAGGAGCUGUUAUAUUUAGGAUGCAAAGUAAUAAUAGCAUCAAGGAACGCAGAGAGACUUUCUUCUGCAACAGCAAUCAUUCAGAAACAGAUCCCAAACGAUAGUGCUGCAGAAAUAGCGAACAUCCAGUGCAAUAUCCGGAAAGAAGACCAGGUGAAGAAAAUGAUUUCAGAAACAUUAUCGAAGUUCGGUAAAAUUGACUUUCUUGUAAACAACGGAGGGGGUCAGUUCCCAGGACCAGCAUCUUCCUUUAGUCUCAAGGGUUGGAAUGCUGUCAUAGAGACCAAUCUUACAGGAACCUAUCUAUGCUGUAGGGAAGUCUAUAAUCAGUGGAUGUCGGAGCAUGGUGGUGUUAUCAUCAAUAUCAUUGCUGACAUGUGGAAGGGCUUCCCAGGAAUGAGCCACACAGGAGCAGCUCGGUCAGCUGUGGACAAUCUGACCAAGUCUCUGUCCUUGGAGUGGGCCUCAUCUGGAGUGAGGAUCAAUGCAGUAGCUCCGGGAAGCUCAAUAUUCUCAGAGACAGCAGCAGCAAAUUACAAUGAUAAAGAUAUAUUUAAACGAACUCUUCCUUAUAUACCAGCCAGACGUUUAGGAACCCCUGCUGAGAUUUCAGCAGCUGUGUGCUUUCUUCUGUCACCUGCCGCAGCUUUCAUAUCUGGGGAGAGUCUGAAGGUAGAUGGCGCUGCCAGUUUGCAUGGUGGGACCUGGGACAUACCAGAACACAACAAUUUACCAGCGUAUGACUGGGAAACAGAUGAUGCAGAAAACCCUCAGUCCAAAUCAAAGUUAUAGCAAAAGCAGGACAAAGUCCAAAGAAACCAUUUGUAAAAUAUCUUUUAUUUUUAUAUUUUCAAACAAAGAGACAUUGAUGGACACAGAUGAGAUGAAUAAUGCUGAUUUCAAUGAUUUACUGAUUGUCUAUUUAUAUGUGUGUAUGCAGACUAUAUUAUAUCUUAAUCUUCAUGAUAUGUUUUAAUUCAUGAGAUUUAUUUGUAUUUGUGACUAUCUUUAAUGAAGAUUUUCCAGAAAAGUUUGA